AUGUCCAAAAGUCUGAACAAAAUGAAAUACAGGAAAGAAAAGGGCGAGAUUGUUGCUUACAGCGAAGGAGCCGUUCGUCAUAAUCUGGGAUUGCUUGAAUAUUGCCGGACCUCGAUGGCAGCUUUAUCCGGAAGCACUGCAGGAAUCUUGGGUCUAACUGGAUUACUUGGAUUUGCAUUUUUCGUGUUUUCGGCUAUUGUUUUAUGGUUAUUUCUCCUUGGUAAAGCCGGUGCAAAAUGGGAGAAGUAUUUCCGAAGCAGAACACAACUUCUAACUAGCGGAUUUUUUGGUGGAUUAAUAACUUAUAUCUUAUUUUGGACUUUCUUGUAUGGAAUGGUUCAUGUAUAUUAA